UCAAUCAAAAUAAAAGAUCAGCUGAUGGUCACGUGACUAUCACAUGAUCAGCACAUUUGGACACAGGCAUUGGUGUGGUGGUGUUUUUCAGAAUCAGACAUCAAGGUGCAUGAACGCGAAAACAAUGCGGAUUGCUGUUUUUAUGCUGAGCUUAACUUGGCUGGUCAAUGGGGAGCUGCUUGAAGCUGACCAGGAUGCUUCUGUGCCUGAGGACUGGAUUCUAGUUGAACGGGUUGGACCUUUGGAGGAAGUGGAACUUACGUUUGCACUAAAGCAGCAGAAUGUUAACCAGAUGGAAGAGUUACUGAAACUAGUGUCGGACCCAGAUUCGCAUCAAUAUGGGAAGUAUCUGAGUUUGGAAGAAGUAGCUGAUCUUGUACAGCCAUCCCAGCUGACCGAGAAAGUAGUGCAGAAUUGGCUCCAGAGUCAUGGGGUCAAAAACUGUCACACAGUUGUAACACGAGACUUUCUUCAGUGUGUCAUGACUGUACAGGUGGCUGAAGCAUUACUCCCCGGCUCUAAAUUUCACCGCUACAGAAGAGAUUCACAAACUCUGUUGAGGUCAACAUCUCUAUACUCCGUUCAUGAAGAUGUGCAUCAGCAUCUAGACUUUGUGGGUGGUGUUCACCGUUUUCCACCAAAAGGAAAGGAAAUCAGUAAAGGCUGGGAAGGAGCAAGACAAUCAGCAUUAGGCUUUCACUUGGGUGUCACCCCCUCAGUCAUUAGGAGUCGUUACAACCUUACAGCAAAAGAUGUGGGCACUGCCACUAACAAUAGUCAGGCAGUGGCACAGUUCUUGGAGCAGUACUACCACCCCGCUGACUUGGCUGAGUUUAUGAGUCUGUUUGCUGGAGGAUUCACGCACAUGUCAGCUGUUGAGCGGGUCGUGGGCACUCAGGGAGGUGGGAAAGCCGGCAUUGAGGCCAGUCUGGAUGUGGAGUACAUCAUGAGCAGUGGAGCAAACAUUUCUACGUGGGUCUUCACAAAUCCAGGUCGUCAUGAGUCCCAGGAGCCGUUCCUUCAGUGGAUGCUGCUGCUCAGCAACAUGUCUGCGGUUCCUUGGGUCCACACCAUCAGCUAUGGAGAUGAUGAGGACAGUCUUUCUGAUGCCUAUAUGAACCGCAUCAACAAUGAGUUCAUGAAGGCUGGCCUCAGAGGGAUAUCAAUGCUCUUUGCGUCCGGUGACAGUGGAGCAGGCUGUAGACAUUUGACCAAGGAAAGAAAUACUUUUAGGCCAAGUUUUCCUGCUUCCAGUCCCUAUGUGACCACUGUGGGUGGAACUUCUUUCCAGAACCCCUUCAAACUCAGCUAUGAGGUCACUGAUUACAUCAGUGGAGGUGGCUUCAGCAAUGUGUUUGCAAUGCCAGAUUAUCAGGUUGGUGCUGUUGGAAAGUAUUUGAAGAGUGUUCAGCCUCUGCCUCCUCAGACAUAUUUCAACAACACUGGAAGAGCUUACCCAGACUUGGCAGCACUGUCUGACAACUACUGGGUAGUCACCAACCGUGUGCCUGUACCAUGGGUUUCUGGAACUUCGGCAUCAACCCCAGUAGUGGGUGGAAUUCUCUCACUCAUAAAUGACAAGCGCUUCCUGAAGGGCCUUCCUUCCUUAGGAUUCAUCAACCCUCGCCUUUACAAACUGCAAGGCAAAGGUCUUUAUGAUGUGACAGAGGGAUGUCAUCUGAGUUGUCUGGAUGAUAAAGUUGAAGGGAAAGGGUUCUGUGCCUCUCCUUCAUGGGAUCCAGUAACAGGAUGGGGAACACCUAACUAUCCUGUUCUUCUUGCAUCGCUCAUGGAUUGAGCUGCUGCUGCUGCUGCUUUUUAUUCCGAGAAACGCACCGAUAAUGGUUUUUCAUUAUUUUGCUGAAGCCUUUAAAUGACAAUGCAUUAUAUAAUCAUAUCAAGAUUUCAUAGAUGUCAAUCAUCUAAGAAUCAUUCUCACAAAGUCGUUUCAAUGUAAACUGAACCUUUUGAUGCCUGGUUGUUUAACCUGUCCAACAGGUCGUAUCGCUUCAGUUCUUUCAGAUGAGGUUGAUUUGUCCCAGAUGAGUUAAGGAUCUGUGGAUUCCAGGUAUAGACCACAACCAAAUGUUUAACAAGCCACUUUGAUUUAAACAAAACAGAGUGACAGAUAAAAUAUCUAAUUUUAUCUACUUCAUAUACCGAAUGGAUUCAAUUUUUUUUUUCUAGAGAUUGAUCAAUGUUCUGAAGUGCAAUAUUCUUUAAUAGUACAUGUCCUCUCUAUGAAUGCCAGUUCCUUUUAAAAUGCAAUUAAAACAGAUCCUUUUAUCAUAAACAUUAGGGUGUUUCAAGGUUUAAAUGUAGCAUGUAAUGAAACCAGCCUAAAUAUUGAACACUUGAGAGCUGCAUAAACCUGUUUUUGUCUUUUUUUUUUUUUAAUGGGUUGAUUUCAGUUAUUGUUAAUGAGGUCCUCAGGAAUUAAAUACUGAAUAGAUUUGUUGUUCUGGAAUUACUUGGUCACUGGAGAGAUUGAGAAUGUUUUUCUUCUAGACAUCUUGUGCACUGAAUGUUGUUUGAGCAACUGGUCAAACUUGUUUUUGAAAGAUGCACUGCUUCCAGGAUUCCCUCUGAAAAGUACAUGAAAAUUUUGAAGAUGUUUCUUUGCUGAAAAAAUACAAAUUAAAGGUUUUUAUUUUGAAAUAAA